GACGACAUCCGACGCUAACUCUCAGCCGUUCAUGCCUUCACUCAACCCAAGUUCUGCCCGAGUCCUCGUCCCAGCUGGGCAAGAUAUUGGAUGCCAACCACCAUUAAAGCCCACUGAAGAAGAAGAAGAAGAAGAAGGAGACGAAUUUGUCAUUGUAAAUCUUUACCGAUAUGUGAUAUAAUUUACUUAUUCUCUGUAAUAUCGUAUAGCUUUGGAAUCGUGACAUUAACUAGUGUGGAGGAAAAUAUGCCGGUUUCUGGACUCAUACCCUGACUUUGAGAAGGGAUUGCGUGACCCAACAUGACAAGGUGAACGUGAAUGUCCGACAGUCUGCUGGGUGAGCGGUUAUACGUUCCUCCAUUCAUUGCCGAAUGGGAUUCCUAGAUCCUCCUUUCUCUAAUAUCUCUGCCAUGAGCUCUUAAAUCGAGAUAGCUGUGUAUUUUGCUACUGCAUGGCCAGUGUGAACCGGAAAGUCUGAUGAAGAAACGCUGAAGAAAAUGUGGCUUCCCCAAUGGAUCCGGACAAAGGUAGCCCAUUCCCCUCCACCCUCCCGGAGUCCCCAGGUCAAACGCCUCCCGGUACCGCUUUGGGUCUGGUCGACUGCAGGAAAACACCGGGGCAGAGUGGAACUGAGAGAGGAGGAGGAGAAGAGAAGGAAGAUGGAGAUUUGAUUUCAUUAAGUAAGAACCAUGGGGACAGCCCUAACCGUUGCGCUCUUGGUGGGAGGGGCUUAUCAUCUGGGGAGCCUCAACAACAACAUGAUGCUGACAAGACGUCUCUCCAGAAGAGUCUCUCCAGAUCAGAACGUCUCAAACACCAGCAGACAUGUAUAGGGAAGAAACCUCACCACUGCUGCUUUGACUGUGGGGAGGGUUUUGCUAAACAGAAGGAAUUUAUCAUUUACCAUCGGAUUCACACCGGAGAGAAACAGUACCGCUGCUCUCAGUGUGGGAAGGGUUUUGCUGCAUCUAAAACCUUAAAAUCUCAUCAGAGAAUUCAUACAGGGGAGAGGCCUUACCCCUGCUUUGAUUGUGGGAAGACCUUCAGUCAAUCAGGACACCUGACUACACACCAACGCAUACACACAGGAGAGAAGCCUAAUAGCUGUGAUCAGUGUGGGAUGAGCUUCCGGAAGUCAGGAUACCUGACCAUACACCAACGCAUACAUACAGGAGAGAAGACUUAUAGCUGUGAUCAGUGUGGGAAGAGCUUCAAUCAUUCAGGACUUUUGACUAGACACCAGCGCAUACACAAAGGAGAGAAGCCUUAUAGCUGUGAUCAGUGUGGGAAGAGCUUUGCUCGAGAUUCCACCCUGACUGCACACCAACGCAUACACACAGGAGAGAAGCCUUAUACCUGUGAUCAGUGUGGGAAGAGCUUCAAUCAUUCAGGAUCCCUGAUUACACACCAACGCAUACACACAGGAGAGAAGCCUUAUAGCUGUGAUCAGUGUGGAAAGAGCUUCAGUCAUUCAGGAUACCUGACUACACACCAACGCAUACACACAGGAGAGAAGCCUUAUAGCUGUGAUCAGUGUGGGAAGAGCUUCAAUUAUUCAGGAUCCCUGAUUACACACCAACGCAUACACACAGGAGAGAAGCCGUACAGCUGUGAUCAGUGUGGGAAGAGCUUCAAUCAAUCAGCACACCUGAUUACACACCUACGCAUACACACAGGAGAGAAGCCUUAUAGCUGUGAUCAGUGUGGGAAGAGCUUCAAUUAUUCAGGAUCCCUGAUUACACACCAACGCAUACACACAGGAGAGAAGCCUUACAGCUGUGAUCAGUGUGGAAAGAGCUUCAGUCAUUCAGGAUACCUGACUACACACCAACGCAUACACACAGGAGAGAAGCCUUAUAGCUGUGAUCAGUGUGGGAAGAGCUUCAGUCAAUCAGCACAACUGAUUACACACCAACGCAUACACACAGGAGAGAAGCCUUAUAGCUGUGAUCAGUGUGGGAAGAGCUUCAAUUAUUCAGGAUCCCUGAUUACACACCAACGCAUACACACAGGAGAGAAGCCGUACAGCUGUGAUCAGUGUGGGAAGAGCUUCAAUCAUCCAGGAACCCUGAUUACACACCAACGCAUACACACAGGAGAGAAGCCUUAUAGCUGUGAUCAGUGUGCGAAGAGCUUCAAUCAAUCAGGAGAACUGACUACACACCAACGCAUACACACAGGAGAGAAGCCUUAUAGCUGUGAUCAGUGUGGGAAGAGCUUCAUGGUGUCAGGAAAUCUGACUAGACACCAGCUCACACACACUGGAGAGAAACCUUACUCCUGUCUAUGUGGAAAGAUCUUUGCUCAUUCAUGGUCACUGGAAAAUCACCAUAAAGCACAAACAUGUCGUCUUUUAUCUCCCUCCUCUCCUGCACCGUUUCCAGAUCCCUAAAUAAAGUUUAAAUAGAAAACAUCUUGUGAAGAGUCAUCCAUCUCCCAUUCUCUAACAGUAUACUAAGUCUGAAUACCAUGAUAAGCUUUGUAGCAUAAUGUCAAGCUCUGGAUCCAUAUCGAUCAUUCGUCUCGGAGUAGGAUUGUUGUGGGGUGGGGGAUGUUGAGGUGGGUUUUAAUAGCUGUAUCUUAUUUAAUUAACUCCCAUUAUCCAUUAAAUACUUGUAUCAUGUAUAAUAAUGUUUCAACAAUACGAGGUGUGUAUUCUUGUUUUCAAUAGAUCAAUAAAUGUAAUCCAAUAUCUGCUUAACAACAUCUGCUUAUCACAUUGUUUUUUUAAUCUAUAAUAAUAAUCUUUUUUUAUAAGGAUCAUAGGCCUCUUGUAUAAUUAGUUUGGUCCUAAAAGAUGUUCACAUAUUUCUUGUAAAUCCCUUCACCAGGUUUUAGUGUAGCUGAUGGGACAUACAGAAGUACAGAAGCCAUAGGCCUAUUAGUGUGGUCAAAUUAUGUUGUUGCAUUUAUUUUAAAGAAUUUUAAUAGGGAUAUCUUUCAACUUUCCUUAUUGUAUAUUAAGUGUGCUCCAACAAGAUUUAAACACAUUUUCAUUGUGAAGCGAAUGAUGUGUUGGUUGUUUGGAAGAGGCAUCAUGGGGGCAGGAAGCCAGCUCUGCCCAUCAGUACUUAUAGGUCAUGUCAACCACAGACAUCACACUCUUCAGUUUUCUCACGGCCAGUAAGGUCUCCUACCAAACUUCUCUCUCUUCACUCUGGAAAUACACUUGAUAAUAUCUUAUACCUACCAUUCUACUUUUUAUUGGGGAUUUGUUAGAAGGAACGAAUGCUUGCAUGUAAAUGUCAUUGUAAAACAUACAUCUGGAAUGUGGUUUCAUGUUUUCUUGUUUUGUUUUACAUUGCUGAUUGCAUAUUCAUUUAUUAAAAUAUGUAUUUUUUUAAAUGUUUAAUUGUAUUAUGUAGAAGAGACCAGGAUAUGUUGUUGCCCUGUGUCUCAACACUCAAUGUUAUAGUCAUGGUCCUGAGAAUAAAACCGGUUUAAAAACAA